AUGGAUCGCCAGAGAAAGCACGUCUUCCCCGUCAGCAAAUCCCUCGACUCCGCCCUGAAGAAGAACACCGCCUUCAUCAAGCGUCUCCGCACCGGCGUCAACGCCGCUGCCCAACAAACCUUCCUGGCCGACAUUCGCACCCUAUCGCUCCACAAGUAUCUCUCGGAAAUUAUCUCCGCCUGCUACGAAGGUCUCUGCAAACUCAAGUCGCCCGGAGAGAUCGCCACCGGCGUCGAGAUCACCAGCGCACUGCACCAGCGGUUCGGACCUGCGGAAUUCACCAGGCAGAUCGGAUGGCUAUUGGGACGCGGCUUGAGUACGCCGGAUAAGGGACAGUUGAAGGCCCUCACGCAGGAGGUGCGCGAGCGCGAGGAGAAGGAACGCUUAUCUCGUCACCGAGUGUUGCUGAGGGUGGUUACGGAGCUUUGGCUAGUGGGCGUUCUCAAGACUCUCGACGAUAUUGAAAAGCCGGACGAUGUGGGCGCGAAGGGCAAGGAUGGUGUCGUUGGCCUGGGUGGCAAGGCAACCGAUGGCCUGCCUAAGAGUAGAGUUCCCCCGUCGGCUGGAAAAGAUGGCGAUAGGGAGCCGGAACCGUUUCCUUUGGAAGUGCUGAAGGAUCUCCUUGGGCAUGAUCGCGAUCACUCGAAUUUGCCACUCGCCGUUUUGUUCGUUAAGAGCUUUAGUUGGGAUGUGCUCGGUGUGAAGACGGUUGAGGAGGGCAGGAAGACUGUUGAAGCGGAUGGUGCUACGACGAGUGCCCCCGCAGAGACGACGAAUGGUGGCGGCGAGGGCGUGGAACAGGCGGAAAACGACCCCCCGCUUGCUCCGGAGAAGGUUCAGCUUCGGUUCAAGCAUAUCCUGAAUAGGUAUCUUGAGGACGUCAAGGCUCAUGUUGUCCGCGAUCAGAGAGCCUUGACCGCCCAAAGUCGCCGCAAUGCCGAGGCUUAUGUGAAGAGUGGUGAGAUCUUCGAAGAUCGCCAGGCCAAUUUUGAAAGACAGACGAAAUCGCUGGAGAGACUGGUUGCGAAUACUCAGGUCUUGUGUGAGGCUCUGGGUGCCGAAAUGCCUGCCUUGGCUGAGAAGGAGACCGCUGAUUCCGGGGCGGGUGGAGGAAUCGGCUUGGUGAAAGCGAGCGAAUACCUACGUGGUCAAGGCGAGGGUGCUGGCAUCUGGGAAGACGAGGAGGAAAGACGCUUCUACGAGAACCUGGUCGACCUCAAAGGCAAGGUGCCGGCUGUACUGUUGGAGGAUGCCAAGAAGAAAAAGACCGAGACCGAUGAAGCAGGGAAGAAGAAGGCAGACGGCGAAGCCGGCUCCGAUGCAGAGAAGCCCGAACCUACCGGCCAAGCUCAACAAUCCGAGGAAAAGACUGCCGCGGACGCCGAUGACCAGUCUACAGCCAUCGCAAGCAAGACUGUCGGAGCCCAGGUCGACGCACUUCUCGCCAAACUGCCGGACUUGCAGACCAAAGAUCAUGUCGACCAGCUAGCACUCGACUUCUGCUUCCUUAACUCAAAGGCGUCGCGGAACAGGCUCAUCAAGGCGGUCUCAGACGUCCCCAAAGGUCGCAUUGACCUUUUACCCUUGUACUCGCGUCUGGUUGCAACCCUUGGGCAGUACAUGCCCGAUAUCCCGCAAGGUAUCACCACGUAUUUGGAUGAAGAGUUCCGAAGCCUUCAGCGCCGGAAGUCGAAGGAGUUCCUGGGCCAGGUCCGGAUGAGCAAUGUUCGCUAUCUCGCGGAAUUGACCAAGUUUGGCGUGGUUCCGGAACAUAUCAUCUUCCAUUGCUUCAAGGUCUCGCUGGACGAGUUCUCCCGCAUGAACAUUGAAAUCAUCGGUCAUCUCCUGGAAAACUGCGGACGGUAUCUGCUUCGAAACCCAGAUACCUCCCCAAGAAUGGCCUCCUUCUUGGAGACUCUCAGCAGGAAAAAAGCUGUCCAGCACCUGGGUCAGCAGGAACGGAUGAUCAUCGAGAAUGCGGUUUACUACGUCGACCCGCCACCGCGACCUGCCAUCCAGCAGAAGGAGCGCACACCCAUGGAAUCUUACAUUCGCAGACUGGUCUACUUGGAUAUGAACAAGCGCAACUACACCAAAGUCCUCAAAUCGAUCCGAAAACUGCACUGGGAAGAACAGGAUGUGGUCGACAUCUUGGAGCGUGUCUUCAGCAAACCUGUGAAGGUCAAAUACGGCAACAUCCACCUUCUCGCUAUUCUUGUCAGCGCUCUGUACAGAUACCAUCAGGACUUCGUCAUCGGUGUUGUGGACAACAUCCUCGAGCAGAUCACUCUAGGUCUAGAGCAAAACGACUUCAAGUUCAACCAGAAGCGUGUCGCUGAAGUCAAGUACCUUGGAGAGCUCUACAACUACAAGAUGAUCGAUUCGCCUGUGAUCUUCGACACCCUGUAUCGCAUUGUUACUUACGGUCAUGAGGGCGGUACGCCGAUGCCCGGAAAGAUUAACCCGCUUGAUAUGUACGAUGAUUUCUUUCGCGUCCGCCUGGUCUGCACGCUUCUUGACACCUGCGGUCACUGUUUCGAUCGGGGUUCUGCGAAGAAGAAGCUCGAUUUCUUCCUGACUUUCUUCCAGUACUACAUGAACACCAAGGACCCAUUGCCGAUGGACGUCGAUUUCCUUGUCCAGGACACCUUCUCGAUGACUCGUCCCCAGUGGAAAUUGGCAACUGAUCUGGAAGAGGCCACGCAGAUCUUCAGCGAAGCUGUUGCGCAGAACUUCAAAACGCAAAACGCCGAGAGACCCACAGACCCGGAGGAGGAUGACUCUGAAAGCAGCUCUUCGGAUGAGGGCUUGGAGGAAGAUGCUAUCCCCGAAGCGGAAGACGACCAGGAAUCGAGCGAUGAGGCCGAGGCUGAAGGAUCCGGACCCAAUGGCGAGAAGAACGACGACAGUGAGUCCGAAGAUGAAGAGAUCUUUGUGACUCGUCAAGAAGAGGAGCGUGACCCCGAGGCGGAAGCCGACUUUGAUCGCGAGUUCGAGAAGAUGAUGGCAGAGAGCAUGGAGUCGCGGAAAUUCGAGCGCAAGGGUGUCUUCGACAUUCCCCUGCCGAUGAAGCGGUCAGGUCGCGAGGCUACGGCCGAGAUCCCCAUGCCCCAGGAGGUGCCUAAGCCGAUUGUGAACACGAUGGCCUUCUCUCUGAUGACCAAGAAAGGAAACAAGCAACAGACUCGCACGAUCGACCUGCCCUCUGAUUCCAGCUUCGCAGUCGCCAUGAGAAGCCAGCAACAAGCCGACCGCGAGGAACAGCAGCGGAUCAAGAACCUGGUUCUCAACUACGAAAAGACCACCGAGACCGAAACAACCGCCGAGGCCGCGGAGAAGCGUUCCCCGCACCGUGACACCAGAAUGGACAAGUCUAGCGCCAACCGCCUGGCCUUCCGCUCCAGAAAGCUCCAGCUGAGCGACGUGAACUGGUAG